AUGCCUUUCGCCUUGCCCGAGGGCUUGCUGCCUGUGGGGCGUGGCUCUGCUGUGCGGUUGCACCGCCCGGUGGGGCGGCCCAUUAUGCUGCUCAACUUGUACCUUCCGGCCGCCUCUGAGGUGCUCGCUGCCAAGCUUCUUGAUGACGUUUUCAGCUUUGCUGCGGCGCGGGGUGAUGAGACUAUUCUGCUAGGAGACUUCAACCUUCCUCCGGACCGGGCCCCGAUUGCUGACGCCAGGGCUGCGGGCUUCUGGCGGUUGGCUGACAAAACGAGGGGGACAUUCCUUUGCGGCCCACACGCCGGGAUGAGCACGGUCAACCUACAGGCCGAUCAGGCCCCGGGUCCAGCCGAUCACGAUUUGGUGGCAUACUCCUUUUCUUUGGCUAAGGACACCCGGGAGUUACCACGGGCGCCCUCGCGCCGGCCGCUGCCUGCCGACCUCCCUCCUGUUACGGCCGAGGCUUGGGAGCAGGCGUGGGCCCAGCACGAUGUUGCGUUUGACCAGGCGCUGCAUGCUUCGGACGUAAAUGCUGCUUGGGUUCUCCUUAGCCAUGCCGCUGAGUCCUUGAUGACCGGGGACCCGCACACCGAUACCGGCCAUUUGCCCCGUCUACCGGACUGCUCUUCCCCGCAGGUGAUCGCCGAUGAUGCUUUACGGCGGGCGGCGCAGCUUGAGGUUUCGGCUUCACAGUGCCGUGUCAGACAAUGGCACGAUGCUGUGCAAAACAACGUUCACCGGCUGCGGCGCUGGGUCUGCCGCACUGCUGCUCCGGCUCCUGGCCCUCUUGACGAUGCACCGGUGCAUCCUAUCGACAUUGUUGCUGCUGAGCAUGCCAAGUGGGGAGCCCAAUGGUCGAUCCCUGCGCCGCACACUCCGGAGGAGACUCGCGACUGGUGUGCCCGCCUGCGCCCUGCAACGGCUCCUUGGGCUGAUGACUUGCUGCAUCCGACUCCUGCGGCGGUGCUGGCCUGCCUACGGGCUAGCUCGCGGCGGGCUGCUGGCUUGGACUCCUGGGCGCCGGCUGCACUUGCGUUGCUGCCGUUGCCUUUCUUUCAGCUUUUGACUCGCUUGUGGACGUGCUGCCUCAGUGCUUGCAAACUCCCGCAUAGCUGGCACCAUGUUAGGAUCACUUUGCUUCCCAAGGAGGACGGUGGCCUUCGUCCACUUGCCAUCGCUUCGGCGCUUUGGCGCGCCCUCGGCACUGUGGUGGUGCGCAACCUUCGGGCUUGGGCGCUUAGCUGGGCUCCACCUUCACUCUUGGGCUCCAUGCCGGGGCGGUCCUGUGCUGACCUGCAUGCCAGUUUUGCUGCCGACCUGCACCACGCAAGGACCAACCGCCUUCACUUUGCGGGCUACAAAGCUGAUAUCAAACGUUGUUUUGACUCUGUGCACGUGGCCCAGGCGCUUGAGGUUGCCCGGUGGCUCGGGGCCGUUCCCAGAGCCGUCAUUGCCACUUACUUGGAUGACCGGACCGUUUGGUCCGUUGGCCGCCAACCUGGCCCUCUUGUGCUUGCAGCUGCCCAGGCUGGCGACCCGGUUGACCGGUUCUUUGGAAUGCGGCACCAUCCCGAGAAGCUUGCUUGCUUUGGCACGGGCACGCUCACCAAAAGUUUUCUGGUGACAAACGCUCAGUGGCUAGGGCCCCUCCGGCCGCACUUCGUGCUGUUGGGGGUGCACUACGCUGUGGGGCUCACCUGCUUGCCUGAGACGACCAAGCUUUCUGCUGUUGUGGCCUCUCGUUGCCAGCGCAUAGGCUUUGCGGCGCGGGGGAUGGCCUUGCGCCGUGCUCUCGUGCGGCAGCUGGUGCUCCCACUCUUUGCUUGGUGUGCGCCGUGGUGCCAGUUCAAGGUUACUCACGUUCAGGCUUGGACUCGGAACGUUGCCUUCGCUUUGUGGGGCCGCCCUCCUGCGCCCAGCCGCUCCAGACUUCUCUUGUGGCAUGUGACCGGCAGGCCGCACCUCCACCCUGAGCAUGCUAUGGACUUUGUGGUUGCCCGCCAGGAGUGGUAUCGCUGCUCCAGGCAGCCUGCUGUUGUACUGACUCGACCUGCCAUCGUCCCCCGUUGGCCUGCUGUCCUUAAGAAGUGGGGAUGGACCUGUCAGGCUGAUGGUUCUUGGAGGACCCCUCUGGGCGUGCUUAAGCCUGGCUGGGAUGGACUGUGCGCAUUGCGUCGUGCUGCUGACUACGCCUUUUUACAACGACUUUGGAAGGAGGACGCUAAAAGUGCACCUUUCGACCUCGCGCUUAGCACCCCGUGCUUUGAGCCGCUACAGCGCAAGGCCGAGAUCAUGGGUGCCCGCGGCCUGCGUACUUCCACUGCUUGCGCGGUGGAUGCUGCCGCUUUGCUUCGACUCAAGAAGCCUCCGGCUGCUGUGCACUUGACCUGUUCGUGUGGUGAGCCGGUCCCUACUCGGACCCACCUCACCUUUGACUGUGCUGCGGUCGGGUGGACGCGCCCGCUGGGCUCACAGCUUGAGAGACGACUCCUGUGCAAGCUCCUGCCUCUGCCCCUGCAACGACCGCCCCAGGCUCCUGACUUGGACUACGAGCUGGUCUCGGAGCUCAGGCGUGCUGCGGCCGACGGACGCGCGGCCUGGGCCAUCGCGGCUGCUACCAGCAACGGCUCUGUGGUUGUGGGUGGCCUGGUUUCUACGUUUGAGCAGACUCCUGCUGCGGCUGAGCGAGAGGCCCUCUGGCAGCUCCUGCGCCAUCUUCGGCAUGCGGACGUGCCUGCCUGUGUUUUCUUGGACAACAAGGCUCUUGUGCUGCGCCUACGGCGGGGGCUACAUGCCUGUUCUUGGGCCGGCUCCAACCCUGGUUUCUGGACUGCUGUUGCCGACGUCGUGCGCGAGGACUUGCAAGUGCAAUGGGUGCCUUCACAUGGCAAGCAACUGAGGUGGCAGGCCGACAACCCUGCCCACACCGCCUUGGCUAGGACUCUCAACGGCGAAGCCGAUGCUCGCUGCACUGCGCUGCUCACGCCGCUGCGGGCUGCUUGGCAAUCUGCUUGUGACCGCUACGGCGCUGCCGUCGAUUGGGGCGGCGCUGCCUUUGAUGCUCAGCAUGAGGCCACCGAGCCUUAUCACGACUUGAUGAAACGUGCCAUUGGUGAGCUCCGCACGGCGUGA